AGUCAAUUAACAACAAACUAUCACAAAAUGAAAUUCCUCAUCUGUUUGGCUCUCCUCUUCGCCGUUGCCCAAGCCAACCCCGGUUUGGUGGCUCCUUUGACAUACUCCGCCGCUGCCGUGCCCGCUUAUGCCUCCUACGCCGCCGCACCCUACGCCGCGUACUCGACCUAUGCCGCACCAGCUGUUGCUACCUACUCCCACGCUGCUUACUCUGCUCCAGCUGUGGCCACUUACUCACACGUUGCUGCUCCAGCUGUCUACAGCGCUCCUGUUGCCCGUGUUGCGGCUGUUGCUCCAGUCGCCUAUACCGCUCCUAUUGUGUCUACUUUGUUGAAAAAGAAGUAA